AUGCAUCGUGUCACCCUCGCGUCCUUUGCUUGGCCCGAGUUGAACAACCCUGCUCAAGUGGCUGAAGUGGAAGCUCGCCUCUCACACAUGUCAUCUCUUUUGGACACUCGCAUUUCGGGUCAAUGCCAGUUGCGCAGUUCCAAUUUCUUGAGGCAGAAACCGUUGUGUCCCAAUGCUACCCACCGAAGUCAUAUUUUCACCUUGGCUGAUGAAACGCCCGCCUCAGAUUUCCAGAUUCGAUACAUCGGUUUGCAACUCCCCUGCAAGAUUUCAUCUUACUUCUCCCGCCCAAUGCAAUGUGGGGGAUGUGUCAAGGAGUUACUCUGUAAGCACGCGUGA